AUGGAUGACAUACGUCGCGAAUCGGGUUUCGGAAAUUCAAACGAUAGUUCCUUCAGCAAUUUGGCAUCAUGUUCCAGACAAGAAGAGUGGCCUUCACCUCUGCUUGGCCCUCCAGAAAAUACAGUGGCCAAAGAAGAUCAUAGAGUAACUGUCAACGUAGCAGUUCGUGUUAAUGAACCGUGUGAUCUUCUGAGUCGUUAUUCAUCUUUAGACAAAUUACUACGAGUCAUUGCUUGGUGUCUUCGUUUUCGAGACGCUUUGAAGUGUCGUUCUAUUAUCGUUUCUCGGAUUUUAGUUGCAUCAGAUCUUCGAACAGCUCUUUUAUUCUGGAUUCAGCAAGAACAAAAUCGCUAUUUUUCUAAUGAAAUCACCGCUCUAAAAAAUAAAAUGCAGAUUUCUAAGACUAUCACUCUUAUAAAGUUGACUCCAUUUUUUGAUGGUCAACUUCUUCGUGUCGUAGGUCGCUUGAAGCACUCUCUUCUCACUUAUGAUGAGAAGCAUCCACUGAUUUUACCUCCUGAGUCUAUUCUCACAACUCUUAUCAUCCGCGACUGUCACGUUCGCUGUCUUCAUGGGGGUGUCCAACUUACCCUUGGAGCGUUACGACAAUCUUACUGGAUUCGCAUUACACCACCUGAACGAGAAUUCAUGAACACUGGGGUAGACUAUGCUGGGCCCAUCAAUGUUCGCACCUCCAAAAGACGAGGUCACGAUUCCCACAAAGCCUGGAUUUGUAUUUUCGUCUGCUGUGCCUCCCGCUCAGUUCAUCUCGAGUUGGUUCCUGAUUACACAGCAGAAGCCUUCAUAGCUGCUUAUAUUCGCUUCACUUCUCGUCGUGGUCUAUGUCGAAAAUUGUCUAGUGACGAGGGUACGAAUUUUGUGGGAGCAGAUCGUCAACUACAGGAAAUGUUUUCUGAGGCAUCAGCAUACAUACCUUGCUUCGCAUGGCAGCCAGUGGAAAUUCAACCCUCCUGUAGCACCUCACUUCAGAAGUUUAUGGGAAGCUGCAGUUAA